GACAAACAGUAUGAAGCAUUUUUCCAGAAAAAGGAUACGACAAAAUUGGUGGUCCUAAACAUAUAAAUUAAAUACAAAUUAAAUCAAAACUCUAUAGUAUGAGUAUGAUCUCAUCACGCAGGCUCUCAGAUAAAGACUUUUUCUCUGGAGACUCAAGUUGCUUCUAACGUAAACUCCGUCGUUGGUUUCAAUUUCUUUUGUUUUCUCUGUAGAAAAUGCCACCCAGUUGUUACUUUAUAUAUGUCACGCCAAAUCAAAUACUUUAUCGUGAAUCACUAUUUACUUUCUAGUUCUGUAGUUGUGCCAUUACCUAUACAUAGUAUUUGGUUUGAUAUAUUGCCAGAAUUUCAGGUGGGUAGCAGAAACCUCCGAGUCCCACGAAAACCUUGUAAAUCCAAUUGAGGUAUACUAUCAUACAGAAUCCGACAACACCAUGCAGGAUUCCACCGCAGCUGCUUCUGGGUUCUUACUUGAAGAUGUUCCUCAUCUAUCUGAUUACAUCUCUCACCUACCCACAUAUCCAGACCCAUUACAAGACAAUCCUUCCUAUUCAGUUGUCGCGCAAUAUUAUGUGAAUGUGGAUGAUACAGUUGCGCAACAGAUAAUUGUACACAAAAAUAGUCCAAGAGGGACCCAUUUUCGGCGUGCUGGGCCAGCUCAGAAGGUGUAUUUUGAUUCAGAGGAAGUGCACGCUUGUAUUGUCACUUGCGGUGGACUUUGUCCUGGUCUAAAUACAGUUAUAAGAGAAAUAGUAUGCGGCUUGUAUCAUAUGUAUGGGGUGCACAGAGUUCUGGGAAUACAGGGAGGAUAUCCAGGUUUUUAUUCUCGAAAUACAGUUCCUUUAACUCCAAAGGUUGUGAAUGAUAUCCACAAACGUGGUGGAACCAUCCUUGGGACAUCAUAUGGUGGCCAUGACACCUCAAAGAUUGUUGAUAGCAUUGAAGACCGGGGCAUUAAUCAGGUUUAUAUACUUGGAGGAUAUGGAACUCAGUAUGAAGCAGCUAUGAUUUUUGAGGAAGUUAGAAGGCGUGGCUUGAAAGUUGCAGUAGUUGGAAUUCCUAAAACUAUUGACAAUGAUAUCCCAGUUAUUGAUAAGUCAAUUGGCUUCGACACUGCUGUCGAAGAGGCACAACGAGCUAUCAGUUCUGCUCAUGUGGAAGCAGAAAGCGCAGAGAAUGGUAUUGGUGUUGUAAAAUUAAUGGGGCGUUACAGUGGAUUUAUUGCCAUGUAUGCAACUCUUGCUAGCCGAGAUGUAGACUGUUGCCUGAUCCCAGAAUCGCCCUUUUAUAUGGAGGGUCCAGGAGGACUGUUGGAGUUCAUUGAGAGAAGACUGAAAGAGCAAGGGCACAUGGUUAUAGUAAUUGCUGAAGGUGCAGGUCAGGAGUUUCUUUCUGGCCACCCGCCCAUUGUUAAUAAGCAGGAGGCUUCUGCAGAUCAAUUACUUCCAGAUGUUGGUCUGUGGUUAUCCCAGAAAAUUAAGGAUCACUUUGCAAAAUGUCAAAAAAUGCCUAUUAAUCUGAAGUACAUUGAUCCUACCUACAUGAUCCGUGCUAUACCAAGUAAUGCAUCUGAUAAUGUAUUCUGCACCCUCCUUGCCCAAAGUGCAGUUCAUGGUGCAAUGGCAGGCUACACAGGCUUCACCGUUGGUCCAGUCAAUGGCAGAAAUUGUUACAUUCCAUUUCAUCUGAUAAACGAGGGAGAGAAGAGGGUUGUGAUAACUGAUAGGAUGUGGGCAAGGUUACUAUCUUCAACCCAUCAGCCUAGCUUCUUGAAUCCAAAAGAUAGCACAGCAGUGAGAGAGGAAAUAACUGAACCAGAAAUAGCAGACUAAACAGGCCGUAUACAGAGCACAAAUGUCACGCCAAGUUAAAAUGCCUUUAAAUUGUGCUGAACAUGUUAAUUAAUGAUCAAAUUGAAUUAGCGCAAGAGCAAAUUAGAUAAUUGAGGUCGGAUAAAACCAAAUGAGUACAUCUUUUGCGGUAUUUAAGCCA